UACCUCUUUCUCAUAGCAAUCGUUUUCGGUCGGUGCGUGAUCCGGAGAUAUUUCGGAAAAUUAUAGAUUUUUGCGAGAAAAACGUACGCCCCGAACGUGCAAAAUGUAUUCGAACGAAGAAGUGUGGGAAGGUGGCUACGAUGAGUACGGCUACGAGGUGGGCAUGCCAGAGGAUCCCAUGUAUGACCGUGGUUACUAUCCGAUGCACGAGGAUGUGAAGAAGUUUCUGGUGUACUUCGCUACCGUUAUCAAGGACGGAGUGGUGUACGAGAUACAGAAUUUGUACGAGAACACUUUCCCAAAGCUGAGCGAGCAGCACUUCGAGAAGAAGGCUUGGCCGAGCGAGGAGGAGGUGGCCCAUCUCGUGGACAAUGACAACCUGUUCCUGAUUCUGUACAAGGAGCUGUAUUACCGUCAUCUGCACGCCCGCAUCCAGGGAGGCCCCUCGUUGGAGCAACGAUUGAACUCGUUCUACAAUUACUGCAACUUUUUCAAUUACAUCCUACCGUCAAAGGAGCCGGUUCAGCUGGAGCUGCCCGAUAUUUGGCUGUGGGAACUGAUUGAUGAGUUUGUGUACCAGUUCCAAAACUUUGCCCAAUAUCGUGCUCGCUUGACCGACAAGACGGAGGAGGAAAUGGACAUGCUACUGAACAACAACAGCAAAGUCUGGAAUAUCCUUUGCAUCUUGAACGUGCUGCACUCACUCGUUUCAAUGUCGAAGAUCAAGGAUCAGCUGGAGGCCGCAGCGGCCGGCAAAGAUCCGGAGGCGGUGGCCGGUGAGUUUGGACGUCAUUCGUUCUACAAAAUGCUUGGCUACUUCAGCUUGGUCGGAUUGUUGCGUGUUCACUCGCUGCUCGGCGACUAUCAUCAGGCCAUCAAGGUGCUGGAACCGAUUGAGAUUCACAAGAAGAGCCAGUAUUCGCACAUUCCGGCGUGUCAGAUUAGCACCUCGUACUACGUCGGGUUCGCGUAUAUGAUGAUGCGCCGCUACUCGGACGCGAUUCGCACCUUUUCGUCCAUUCUGCUGUACAUUCAGCGCACCAAGCAGCUGUACAGCGCCCGCUCGUACCAGAACGAUCAGAUCAACAAGCAAACCGAUCAGAUGUACCAUCUGCUCGCUAUUUGCCUGGUUCUGCACCCGCAAUGCAUCGACGAGUCCAUCCAGCAGGUGCUGCGCGAGAAAAACUACCACGACAACAUGUACAAGAUGCAGUGCGGCGACCUGGACGUGUUCCGCAACUUCUUCGUUUUCGCCUGCCCGAAGUUCGUUUCGCCAGUUCCGCCCCCACCAGAUGCACCGAUGGACGAUUACGUGAAGGAGGCGCUUGAGCAUCAGAUCAACGUGUUUAUGGACGAGGUACGGCAGCAGCAAGAGUUGCCAACGAUCCGUUCGUACCUGAAGCUCUACACGACGCUGCCGAUGAUGAAGCUGGCCUCAUUCAUGGACCACUUGCCUCGUGACGACGUCGACAAGCAGAAGCUGGAGAAUUUGCUCACACGUCUGCUGUGCUUCAAGCACAAGAUGAAGAACAUUGUAUGGACCAAGGGCGUGAGCGGGCUGGAGGGUAAAUUCCAGUCCGGGUCCGAGCUGGACUUCUACAUCGACAAGGAUAUGAUUCACAUUGCCGACACGAAAGUUUCGCACCGUUAUGGUGACUUUUUCAUCCGUAAAAUCCUAAAAUUUGAAGAUCUUAACCGUCGUCUGCACACCAUCAAGGGUUAACAGAGCCGUUGUGUUUAAUGGUUCGGGCAAUUUUGUCGAUAGACAAAGCUGCGUUUUGCAUAUUUCAAAUACUAAACCAUACUGCUAACGGUGUUGCAGGGAUUCGGUAAUCGUCACAGUAAUAUUUUACCCUCACGCCAAAGCUUCGUGUAGGAGCAUUGCUAAAUAGGACCAGAAAAGGGAGUCUCACUAGCCGACCAUCUGCAGGGGAACAAUAAAUGCAUGUUGCCAUUGUGACUGAU